AUGAAAUCAUCCUGUAGCCUGGCCGCCCUGUCAAAGAGCGACUGGUCUCUCAACACAGACUCAGAGAGUGAUGCUCAGACAGACUUCAUCUGGCCCUCAAGAAUCCGAGUAAGGGAACGAUUUUCCAGGGAUGAAACUGUCAAGAGGCCUCCUGACUGCAGUCCUGAUAGGCACCAGGAUAACAGACACCGUAUUCAAGGGAGCACAGCUCAAUAUACGCGACAGCAUUCAGAACCCACCCAGCAAAGGACAGUUCCCCAGCCUCAGCACAGCCCAGGCCACCAUCCGAUCCAUGGGCAAACACCCUACCCUACUUCGAACUCCGACUACCAACACUCUGGCCCUGCUAUGGACUCUCAGCCCUAUUUGGCCAUGAUUCCAUUAGAGCCAAGUGCCAAACCUUCUGAACCCCCUGAAGUACAACCACGAAGAAGAGUUAGUUCUGACCAAAUCUAUGCUGCCCACAGGGAGGCACGAUUGGAAGUGAGGCAAGCCCUAAAGGAAGAAGCCCAAACAGAGGGCCUGUUAAAGAGCAGGAAAGCUGUGUUGCCCUCAGAGAUACGGCGAAGGGAAAGGAGUGUGGAUGACACACAUAGGGGACGACAUGAAGAUGCAGACUGGCAGAACAAAAGUCCAGAACGAAGGAGGGCAAGUCGAGGUGAGGAAGACUGGGAUCGGGAGAGACCAAGGGAGAGAAAUGUUGAAAGGAUCAGAGAAUGGAGGAGAGAGCUUGGUCAUGACGGCCUAGAGGAAAGAGCAUUUAGAUCAUCGCAGCCUAGACAGCAUCAAUCCUCUGACCCUUUAUGCUAUCAAGAGCCCCAAAUUCAGCAAGCAGGGCCUCUAAUGCAUCAGCAGCACAACAGACAACAUGCUGCACAACUUCAACAACAAGACCCGCAACUGCAACAUCAGUAUGACCAUGCGAGACAGCCAGCGGAGAGUCAAAGACAACAACAGACUCAAAGAGAGCAGGAGUUGGAGCUACAAAGACAUAAGACUGUACGUCAACAGCAAGACUCCCAGGAGAAACAACAUCCCCAAAUACACCAAGAGUCUGAGCAUCACAGGCAGCAGCAGCAGGCUCCAUCUGGGCACCAGAGGCUUAACUCAGCCUACCUCCAGAAGGGCUCCUCUUUGCCUCAGGCCAGACACAGAAGCAUGGAGAUGAGUGGAGGGUCCAAACUCAAGACACGAACCCGCUCCAUGUCAGAUAUAGGUAUAAGCCAGCAUUCUGUCCUGUAUGGUAUGGACAGGACAGGCGUCAGCAGAGAGGCAUCCAGGACCGGCCAUGCACCAGGAAUGGCUAACGGGGAGACGGGCACCCUGGACACAAGGGUGUCAGUGGCACAGCUGCGACACUCUUAUCUGGAAAAUGCAAACCGGAAACCAGAAUUGUAGGUCCACUGAGCAUGGGCUCUGUGUUGCAUCGCUAAAUAACUGUCUAACAGUGCAUUAAUAAGCUGGUGCAGAUAAAUAAUACAGUGGCAAUCUGAGA